GCAUAGAUGAGCAUCAGUAUCGGUCAGUGUUCGCCUUACCGUACAGGUACUAUUGAUAUAAAAUAUAGAGGAUUUAUUGUUUAUAUAAUUGGAAAUUAUGGAAUGGAUAAUAGUGCAUUUCGUUGAUGACAAUGUUGUCGAAACUGUACCAUCAAAUUGGGUCUGUAAUGAUAUCUGUUAUUGGCCACCUUAUAAUAUAAGUAAAAUAACGCAAGCUAUAUCAUCGUGUGUGUCUCCAGUUAUUAAUGAAUGGAAUGUAUGUAAAAUACGGCAAUUAGCUAAUGGUCGUAAAUAUGAUAAUUUCCUAAAGGCUAAAGCUAUGUGCGCAAAAGCAGAAUAUACUUCUGAUCUCAAUUCAGAUAUGGAAGUGAAAAGACAGUUCCAGAUGCAAAUAUUAAAAAUAGUAAAUCUGCAACAAACAAUAUGGAGAACAUUAAUUCGAAUUAAAAAAAAACAGUUCACUGUGAAGAAGCCAACUUUUCGAGACGCUAUGAAAAUAUCUGAACACAUUGUGCUGUCAAAGAAAGAAUCGAAUACGAUGCAAAAACAUACUGGGGAAAAAGAUCACGAAUUGAAUACGAUGCAAAAACAUACUAGGGAAAAAGAUCACGAGUUACCGGUGGUAAUAACUCGCAAUGAGUCUUCAUAUCAACCUAUGAAAUCACGUGAUAACUUACAUGAUGAUGAAAAUUUCCAAAAACAGGUUUUACGCCUAUUACAAAUAAUUAAUUUACGACAGCAACAAAUAUCAGAGGAUCUUGGCAUCUUAUUAAUAAAAGCGAAUUUUGAGAAGAAUGAAGAAAAUGUACUUGAUGAAAAUAGUAUAUUUAAAAAAUUUAAUUUUCCGUUGCAAAAUCAACAGAAUUUACAGGAGUUAGAAGAAUUCCUAAUCGAAGAUAAUAACUUCAAACAAUUUAUCAAAGAUUAUUCAAAUCGGAGGAGCAUCAUGUAAACAUAUGGUGAAACGCAUUCUGCCAAAAGUAAUGUCUAAUAAUUUAGCUAAAACAUACAGUUGGUUAGGUUUCAAAGAAAAAACUAAGUUUCAUAAUUUUCGCAUUUGCUCUGCAAUAUUAAUUUCUACACAGAAAACAUAUGGUUGCUCCG